AUGGCUUUAGCUGCACAGCAAUCAUUAUUAGACGAAUUGAUGGGUAAAGGACGAAACGCAGGAAAAGGCGAGCAUAUUCAAAGAAGUCGCUUUGAUGACCCCGAUGUUUGUAAACUGAUGCUUGUUGAUUACUGUCCACAUGAAUUAUUUAUUAAUACUCGACAAAAUCUCGGCUUCUGUGAUAAAAGUCAUGAAUCUCAUCUGCAGAAAGAAUAUCAGUCAAGUUCACGUUAUCGGAAACUUGGUUAUGAAGAAGAAUUUGGUAUUAAAAGAAAAGAUUGUGUUCGGCUUCCUCAAUGUCGCGUUGUCUUUUCAGAAAACUAUCUUCAAUCGUUGAUUGCUGAUGUAGAACGACGUAUCAAACGAGGACAAGAACGUUUACGUUUAACUCAAGGCGAACCAAAUAGUGAGAACGAUCCAUUACGUUUCCGAAACGAGCUGAUCAGUAAAAUCAAAGAAAUCAGCGAUGAAAUCACAUCUUACGUGUUAAAAUCCGAAGAACUUGGUAAUGCUUGUCAGAUCGAUGAAGCACAACACGUGCUAAGUCAAUGUGAAGAACUACGAGAACAAAAGAACACAAUUAAACGAAGAAAUUGCCAGAACAGAAUCAAACAAACCGAUGGAAAUGAGCACAACAGUGGCAAACAGCAUGCUGGUUAUGCAAAAAUCAGAGCAACACUUGAAGCAAUCGCUAAACGUAAGUCUGAAGCGCUUGACAAAGAGCGAACAGAAAGUUCACAAAAGCAAGAAAAUUCGAGUCGGAAACGAAAUCGACGUCACUCACCCUCACCGUCGUCUCAUCGUCAUCAUUCUUCGCGUGAAAAACCUGCUCAUCAUUCUCAUUAUAAACAUCGUCGUUCUUCUCCGCUUGAUCAUCGUCACCAUCGACGAUAG